AUGGCGUGUGGAACAGCAGAUUCGCUUGUUUGGGAAAUAUUAAAGUUCGAGAACUGUUGUUUUAGAGUUAAAACAGAUACCCUCAUUUUCUGCAGGAACGAAGACAACGUCACAGGCAUUUGUGAUAGAAAAUCUUGUUCACUUGCAAACUCACAGUAUGGCACAGUCAUGCUCGAAAAAGGUAAGCUUAUACUUAAAACAAAAACUGCUGAAAGAGCUCAUAUGCCUAGUAAAAUGUGGCAAAAAAUCGAAUUACCCGAAAAUCCAGAAGAAGCGUACAAAAUCAUAGAAUACGAAAUGCAGUACUGGGAUGCAUGGCUUAUUGAGAAAGUUAAAUUCAGAUAUGGUCGUCUUUUAGAAACUUUACAAAAUAUGCGUGAAAUGCGUAAGAAAGAAGGACAAGUUAAGUCACUUCCUAUUAAGAAGAAGAUAGAACGUCGUAAUGCUACAAGAGAACAACGUGCUCUCAACGUUGCUCAUGUCGAAUAUUCAGUUCAAGAAGAACUUAAGCGCCGUCUCAAGGCUGGUGAAUACGGUGAAAUCUACAACCUCAACCAAGCAGAAUUUCAAGAUAAUCUUGAUGAACUUGCUGGCGAAGAGGAAGAAGUCGAUUUCGUCGACGCAAGUGACUUCGAAGAACUUGUUGAAGAGGAAGAAGAGGAAGUACUUGAAAAUGCUCAGUAA